AUGUCACCAUCGAAGUACGGAACAAAGAAAGAUGUUCGUUGGCAUGUUCGAACCAGAGAUAAUAUUGCCAGAGUCAAGAGGGACGAAGCUCGAGCAGCAGAGGAAGAGAAAGAGAAAGAAACCAGGAUUGCUUUGGCUGAGCAAGAGGCAAGAACUGAAAAGCUUAGGAUUAAAGCCAGAGACAAGAAUUUGGGCAAUACCCACUAUGAUUUAGAUCAGGAAGUGUUUGAACCGCAGCCAAAGCCUGAUGGAAUUCGUACAGGAACUCAACUUAUUCCGAGAACUCACAUCAACUUCUUCUCUGAAAUAGAGUCAAGGAGCAACACCAAUAAAAGUAACAAGGACCAUGAGGCUGAUAAGAAAGAGGAGCAGGAAGCAUAUGAAAAGAAGAUUGGGUUACUGGUAGGUCUUGGGCAGAGUGCUGUAGAAUCACAGAGUGUCAAACCUUGGUAUCAGCAAAAUAGGGAAGAGAAGGACAAGGAAAGGGUGGAUGCUUAUAACACAGACACCAGUGAUAUGAAAAGGAAAGCAUCAAUGGACCCUAUGAAUGAUAUGAUGAGGUACCUUGGAAAGAAACCAAAGAUUGUGACUGAUACAAAGAAAACCAGUCAAGAGCAUCCUUCUAAAGACACAGAAACUUUACCGAAAGAGGGUCUACCAGGCACAAUAAGUUUGAUGACAAUGUUCAGCAAGUACAAGAAAUCAAAGGAGGAGGGAAAUGGAAAGGAAAGUUACAGAAAAUAUAAAGAAAAGAAGAGGAAUAAGAAACAUCGUAGGCUCAAAGAAAGCAGAAGAGAUAUCAGAAAACAUAGUCAUAAGAAAUCUGGCAGAAAGAACAGAAAACAGUCAAGACCCCUCAGUGAUAGCACAAGCUCAGAGGGCAAGGACUCAAGGCAAGAGAUUAGAAUGUCUAGGAGACAUCAGAAAUUACACAAAAGAGAUAAGAAAAACAGACACAAAUCAAGCAGGAGUGAGAGUGAUAGUCUGAGCACCUCUGGCAGUAGCAAAAGUGAGAUGGACAAUCAAAAACCAAAAGUGUCUUCUAAACCUACUCCAACAAUUGAACAGCUGAGAGCAGACAGAAUCAAGAGAGAGGCAGCAGAAAGGACUAAGACUGAGAGAUUCUUGGCUGGAAAGCCACUGGUAGAGCAGCCUGCUACUGAGCAAGUGAUUACAGAUAAACUAGAUGGAAAAUAUAAUUCUCAAUUCAAUCCACAUCUAGCAAGGAAGCAUCAACCAAAAGCACCCCUGUUUUAACCUUAAUCUCAUGCAAUUUUUUUGCAAUGUGAAAAGCUCUCACUGUGAUUUUUGUAACUUUUUUCCUGUGAGUCUCCCUUAUCUUUUAAGACCCAAAUUUCUACGCCCAGUUCCAAAGAUACGCAUAACUGCAUACAUGUAUGUCAGACCAAAAAUUGCUCAAAGAGCUGUUUGCUCAUACAUCACUCUCUUGGUUCCCGUCCCCCAAAACAUGUCAUUUGAUCUUUCAUCUAUCAAACCAAAAAAAAAAAAAUCUCGCAAGAAUUCCACUUCUGCUCCCGUCCCAGAUGGCAGUAUGUAUGGGAUUGUGCAUUAACCCUUCCGGUGCGACAGGCCCAUAUAUGGCCCACAUGCAUCCUACUUGCUCAGACAGCAGGCCCAUAUAUGGUCCACAAAAGGAAAUUAUUUUCAGUUUAGCAUUUACCCAUUAUUUCAAACUGCUUCGAGCUAGAAAAGUGCUGGAAUUCUUCCGCAGAUGACCAAAUAAUACUUGUGCAAAAAAAUCACAUGCUUCCAAUUUGAAAAUUCUGAGAAAAACCUCUUUUUCCAAAGUUGGUGACAAAGUUCUGUGUGUAUUUUUCUUGUCAAAAUUUGUGCUUAGAUUUGCACAUGUACGGGUUAAGAGCGGACACACAUAAUCCUUUGCGUGUAUAAUGACACACAACGGCAAUAUUAGUGCCCCACCAAUCAACGAUAAUAUCCCAACAAUCACUUUUUAUUGUAGUACUUCAAUCUCGAUCUCAAUUUAAAAUGUUAUACAAUAUCAUCUUUCUGAAUCAUCACUUAUACAGGUUUCAUUUUAUAGCAAGUGAUAAAUGUUCUUUCUGUAGCAAAUAUGAAGAAACGUAUAAGCAUUUAUUUUUUGAAUGUGAAAAAGUAGGAGAUUUGUGGGAAUGGAGUAGUAAUUAGUUCAGCCUUCCAGUUCUAAAAAAACUAGAGUUCAAUCAACUAUUUCAAUAACGUCAGGGAAUUUAAGUAAAUAGGUUGUUAACCUGAUUGUGGCAUGUAGGUAUAGUGAUUCUGAUGGGAAAAAGACUGGCCUGUGGGGAAAAUGAACACAAAACUAAUAUAGUUGAAUCCUUGAUCAAUGAUGAUAUCAAAAUAUACAAGUUUGAGGUGAAAUUGAGAUCAAAUAACACUUAAUUGUAAUGCAUUUCCAAAAGUGUUAAAAAAUUAUGUGUGAUAUAAUUUGAAAUGGUGAAGUUGUCUAAAGUAGCAGCAUUUAGAUAUGCAUUUUAUAAAUCUAAAUCAAGGUACUAAUUUCUCUGUAGUAGUAGUAGUAGGUCACUAACCUCAAAUGCUACAAUCAAUACUAUAAACUGAGGCGCAAUAGCCCAGUCGGUAGAGCGGGGGACUCGUAUUCCGGUGACCCGGGUUCGAUUCUCACUUGGUGCGCUAGUUCCCUUUGGUAAGGCAUUAAUCCUCAGUACCAGGUCCUUCGGAGAGGACCUUAAGCCGUCGGUCCUCUGGUUGCUUGCUACAAGCAUUCAUGCUUUCUUAGCAAUCAGGUAAAAAAUCACCACCACCAACUACAACUUAAUCUGUAAAUGGAUAGGAUAGGCCUAACUCUCAUGACAAGCAUCAUCCGUGAACAUUUUCAAAUAGCCAGAGACAAUGAUGAAGAAUUAAAAUAAGGCAAUCAUUAGAGCUGCAGCUUUUGUCAUAGUAAAUGAAGUUAGUGUCUCAAAUUUAGCAAAGAGUAAUUAAACUCUUGAAAACCUUCUGACAUUUUCAGGACUCUGAUUUGGCCCUUUCCGUGAAAGCCUAACGUUCUGUCAAGGGCUAUCAAACCAGGAUCUGUUAUUAAUGAUAUGUUCCACAGCUUGAUUCUCAAGAACUGGAAGUGGUGAUGUAGGAGUUUUGUAAGUUAGGUCGAUGGGUGUGUACUUGUAAGCUAUUAUCUCCUUUUGAAUUUCAUUAUUAUAUGCCUGAUUUGUGCAUAAAAUAAUCAGUUGUUCUGGACCAAAUACAUGAUCCUUGUACAAACUGAUACUAGUAGAAAUAGCAUCAUGGGUGAUGUAAGGCAGAGAGCAGAUAUGAAGUUUUGUCCUGCAGCAUUAGCAUCUCAAGAGAUUCUGGCAGCUCACAAUGAGAGGUAAUUAAUAAUAAUAAGGGAAUUCAUCUUUUUUGAAGUUGAGAUACGUAAUGUCAGACAUUUAAUGCCAUUUACUAUGACAGAAGCUGCAGCUCUAAUGAUGGCCUUCUUUUCAUCUUCAUCAUCAUACCUCUGCUGUUUGGAAAUGCUCUCAGAUGAUGCUAGCUGUGACAUGAGAGAGACCUAUCCUAUCCAUUUUCAGAAGAUUAAGCCAAUAGUAUUUAUUAUAGCAUUGAGGUGAGUGGCCUAUCACUGGAGAGAAAAAGACGCGACAACAUUGAUUUACAUAUUAUGAUGCAUUUAAUGAUGCUACUUAAGAUAAAAUCAUUUCAAAUUGUAUACUUAAUUUCAUUUACUUUUUCAUUGCUUUUGGCAACGCAUCGCAAUAUAUGAAGAAGUGUUAUUUGGUUAUCAACUUUUUUUUUCUUAAUUUCCACUGAUAUUUUGGAAAGAGUUCAUUGACCUCUGUCUAUGUCUGACCCCUAAAUACAUUCUCCAUGACCUUCAUUAUUUCAGACUGAAAUUAUGAAACCUCCAUGUUUUCAUUACAAAUUAGCCAUCUUUAUUUACAUUAUUCAUAAAUGAAAUAUGAACAUACAGGAUAAAUUUUUGGUUAUUUUUAUGUCAUUUUUAUUUCCUCUGAUCUUGGAUUUCAAGGGUGAAAGUUUAUUCUUUAUACUUAUUUUUGUGUUGAUUUAUCUUCUUGUACAAAUCUGUGCAUUUUGGCACCAAGAUCACCAACCUGCGGUGUUUUUAUCUCAGAGAUACCAUUAUAUGGUAUCUAAUGUUAAAAAGGACAUUGAGUUUUGACCUUGAAUUUUAUGGGUGAAUGUGCAUUCUCGAUGCUUAAUUUUAUUUUAUUUAAUCUUCCUGUAAGAAUCUGUGUAUUUUGACACCAUGAACACCAACCUGCGCCGUUUUAUCUUAGAGAUACCAUUAUAUAAUGGUAUAUAAUGUAAAAAGGUCAUUGACCUUUGAAAAGCUUUGACCUUAAAUUUUAUUGGUGAUUGUGCAUUCUAGGUACUUAAUCUAAUUUCAUUUGGUCUUCUGGUAAGAAUUUGUGCAUUUUGACACCAUGAUCACCAACCUGCGCCUUUCCAUCUCAGAGAUACCAUUAUACAGUAUAUAUUAAAAGGUCAUUGACCUUUGACCUUGAAAAAACCUUUUUUGGUAAAUGUUGACACCCAUACCUACUCAAAUCAGUUGAAAAACCAUUUCCAAUAAUUUUAUUCCAUAUUGGCUAUUUUGGGGUCUAAAUUUAGAGAUACUAAUACAUUAGUUGUUGAAAUGUUAUUUUUGCAUGAUUUCGGAUUAUUUCUCUGUUCUGAUACAAUUUGUCUGCUAUGUUUAUUACAGUGUAAUUUAAUUUGUGUAUUCACAGCUGCAAUAAUCAUUUUUUUGAUAUUUUCUUUAUUAUGUAUCAAUGAAUUUUAAUUGAAUGAAUAAUGAAGAUUCCUAC